CGUGCGAUUAUCUCUGACGAUCAUCCUCGUCAUUAUAGAGAGGCUGUGCGAACAAUGCCCUGCUGAAAAAGGAUUCUGGUCAAGAUGCUGCGGCAUGUAACUGCAGCCCUCUUCAUCUUGGUGAUUGCUACUUCCAUGUCGCAACUCACUCAGGAAUUAACAAGCACCAAUCGAGAUGGCGAUGUGAUUUUAAGCAUCAGCGAUGAACAAAAAAUUCAGUACUUAAGCCAAAACUUCGAAGCAGAUGCAUACAAAUAUGGUUACGAUGUCAAUCCACAUGGACAAUUUCAUCACGAAAUACGUGGCCUACAUGGGAUUACCUAUGGAUGUUAUGGCUAUGUUGAUCCUUUUGGUCACCUAAAAACAACGUUUUAUAUCAGUGACGGAUGGGGUUAUCGCAUUGUUCAACCAGAGAAGGACGUGGAACUUUUCCUUCACAAGCAUGAACAUCAUGAAAACGGAGACAAACAUGAUCAUCACGAGCAUCAUGGUGUGAUUACACCAUGGCGAGAGUUACAUUUCCCCAUGGUGUGUGCGCAAUACACAAACACGAACAUUCUACCAAGUGAAGAAACAGCACCUAUUGGAAGCGGAUCAAUGAUUCAAACAAAACCAACUCGACCUCCUUAUAGGCCUGACUCAUCAGGACAUCCAGGCAUUCCCGGUAUUCCAAGUACACCAGGAACACCGUCAUAUCCAGGGCAUCAAGGGACUCCUGGCUUCCCUGGUACUCCAGGGACACCUGGAAUUCCAGGCAUACCAGGAAAACCAGGAACACCGUCAUAUCCAGGGCAUUCAGGGACACCUGGAAUUCCAGGGACAUCAGGAAAACCAGGAAUACCGUCAUAUCCAGGACAUCAAGGAACUCCUGGCAUCCCUGGUACUCCAGGGACACCUGGAAUUCCAGGAAUACCAGUAAAACCAGGAACACCGUCAUAUCCAGGGCAUCAAGGGAGUCCUGGCAUCCCUGGUACUCCAGGGACACCUGGAAUUCCAGGAAUACCAGUAAAACCAGGAACACCGUCAUAUCCAGGGCAUUCAGGGACACCUGGAAUUCCAGGGACAUCAGGAAAACCAGGAAUACCGUCAUAUCCAGGACAUCAAGGAACUCCUGGCAUCCCUGGUACUCCAGGGACACCUGGAAUUCCAGGAAUACCAGUAAAACCAGGAACACCGUCAUAUCCAGGGCAUUCAGGGAUUCCUGGUACAUCAGUGACACCAGGAAAACCAGGAACACCGUCAUAUCCAGAGCAUCAAGGGACUCCUGGCAUCCCUAGUACUCCAGGGACACCUGGAAUUCCAGGCAUACCAGAAAAACCAGGAGCACCGUCAUAUCCAGGGCAUCAAGGGAUUCCUGGUUUCCCUGGUACUCCAGGCACACCAGGAAAACCAGGAGCACCAUCAUAUCCAGGGCAUCAAGGGACUCCUGGCAUCCCUAGUACUCCAGGGACACCUGGAAUUCCAGGCAUACCAGUAAAACCAGGAACACCGUCAUAUCCAGGGCAUUCAGGGACACCUGGAAUUCCAGGGACAUCAGGAAAACCAGGAAUACCGUCAUAUCCAGGACAUCAAGGAACUCCUGGCAUCCCUGGUACUCCAGGGACACCUGGAAUUCCAGGCAUACCAGGAAAACCAGGAACACCGUCAUAUCCAGGGCAUCAAGGGAGUCCUGGCAUCCCUGGUACUCCAGGGACACCUGGAAUUCCAGGAAUACCAGUAAAACCAGGAACACCGUCAUAUCCAGGGCAUCAAGGGAGUCCUGGCAUCCCUGGUACUCCAGGGACACCUGGAAUUCCAGGAAUACCAGUAAAACCAGGAACACCGUCAUAUCCAGGGCAUUCAGGGACACCUGGAAUUCCAGGGACAUCAGGAAAACCAGGAAUACCGUCAUAUCCAGGACAUCAAGGAACUCCUGGCAUCCCUGGUACUCCAGGGACACCUGGAAUUCCAGGAAUACCAGUAAAACCAGGAACACCGUCAUAUCCAGGGCAUCAAGGAAGUCCUGGCAUCCCUGGUACUCCAGGGACACCUGGAAUUCCAGGCAUACCAGGAAAACCAGGAACACCGUCAUAUCCAGGACAUCAAGGGACUCCUGGUUUUCCUGGUACUCCAGGCAUACCAGGAAAACCAGGAGCACCGUCAUAUCCAGGACAUCAAGGGACUCCUGGCAUCCCUGGUACUCCAGGGACACCUGGAUUUCCAGGCAUACCAGAAAAACCAGGAGCACCGUCAUAUCCAGGGCAUCAAGGGACUCCUGGUUUCCCUGGUACUUCAGGCACACCAGGAAAACCAGGAACAUCGUUAUAUCCAGGGCAUCCAGGGACUCCUGGCAUCUCUGGUAUUUCAGGUAAACCAGAUGAUUUAUUAUAUCCCGGGAUUACCACUACUCCAAAUAGGCCAAGCAUUUCUUUCAAGCCGAGUAAACCAGGUUAUCCAGGUUAUCCUACGUAUCCAGAAUAUACAGAAAAUUCAAAGUAUCCAGAAGGGCCAAUAGGACCUGAAGGUCCAGUGGGAAAUGUAGGUCCAAUUGGUGAUAUUGGUGGCAUUGGAGGUACCGGUGGCGUUGGUCCUGAUGGUCCCGACGGACCAUGGCCAACCGGUUCCCCAGGUCCUGAUGGACCAUGGCCUGGUGAUCCAGAUUAUAUACCCGGAAUAAAACCAACAAGAAAACCUUCGCAUAAAAGUUCAAUAAAUCAUCCUACCAUUGAAUCAUUUGACACAGACAGAUAUAACUCCAUCUCAAAAUAUAGUUUUAAUAAUAAAACUGAUUCUUCGUAUACGGGCUAUACUCUAAAGGAUAUCAAAUUGUCGAAAUUGUCACAUCCAACAAAAGUUAAUACAUCAUUAUAUAUAAAGCAUAGUCAGCAUAGACCUCAAUACGAAACUCAAUCCACAUCAUCAAUUUAUGGGGAAAAAGAAACUAUCUACAACGCAAAUAAAAUCAAUUCACUGUUGCAAACAGAUCUGACACCGUCAUCAUUGAAAUAUGAGAUUGAAGAUUAUCAAUAUACAGAUGUGUUAAAACCGAAUUUACAAUUUUAUGAUCACUUGAUACAUACAGAAUCACAACAAAUAAAGAAACCUUCGAAAAAUAACUUGAAGCAAUUUUCUAUGCACGAUCAGGAUCAGUAUCAAAAGUCAAUAUUUUAUCCAUCUUAUAACUCACAACAGCAAAAGCCUCCUAAAGGCUCAGAUCAAUCUGAUAAAUUAAAACAACAAGAAGACAAAUUUAAUGUGGAUGGACAAUAUAAUAAUUCUGCCGAUGUGGAUGGCAAAUUUAUUUCUAACGUGUCCUUUCAGUCGGAUGGACCUUCCUCUGCUCUAAACAGACAGGUAAAUGCACGCCUUGAGCAGACAUUCCGGAUGAAUCCCGUUCUCGACGCUAUACGGGUUCAGCCGCCCAGCUCCAUCAACGUCAAGCCCUUAUCGUUACCUAUAGGGCCAAAUUCACAAGCAUGUCCCUGUUACUUAGUCGAGCCGAAUAACAACACAAACGUAGCAACCAGUUCGACUGUCACCUCUGUCAUUGGGCAAUUGGGAUUCAUUCCUGUUAUCUUCGUACCAUACUGUCCUGGCAAAGAGAUGGACAGCAAUAAGAUGAAACUUAUGUUCCCGUCCGCUACUCCUGUUCCAUAUGCAUGCGACACAUGUGAUGCACAAGACAACAAAUUUGUUGUAAAAAUGCUCGAUAUAAAUCAACUUGGCAAUAUCGACUAUCUCAAAGAGGCAUUAUAUCAAUCCAAUCUUGGCUUUUUGAAUGUUCCAGUUAAGACCAACAUCAAGCGAAGAAGAAAGGCGAAAUGAGGAAUGUAACACUAACUUAUUAAGCUUAAGUUGCGAUCGUUUUAAAAAAAGCUUAUCUUCUCCUGGAGGAUAGAAAUAAAUAUAGGAUAUUGGCAUUGCCUGUCCGUCAGCUGCUGGUUAGUUGAUGGAUAGCCAAAUUAAAGAUAUUUGCCGAAAUAACCAAAGCCAAUAGAAUACAUAAAAUCUUCAAACUAAAAAUUGAAUUAAUAAUAAAUUUUCCAGUAUCAUUUUUAUUAAAUUAAUUUAUCUUGUAGCACAAAGGA